CCAUGGCCGUGUGAGACGAGUCUCAUGCUGAGAUUCCCAGUUGCCGCACAUUCUCAUAAACUGAAGCCGCACUAGUAACUAGUAUUUAGUAGCACGGCCCGUGCAGUGUCACUGUUGUAUGCACUUGGCUCUCUGAGUUGUAGUACAUCGCCAUGGCGAUGACGACACAGUACUCGGCAGCUCCAUCGUUUUCUAGCACAAGAUUACCGCCGCGCUGCCCUCAAGCGCAUCUCCCCUACUAUUCAGACCGUCCGUCGCCCUCACCGCUCUGCUUCUCGCGCCUGCACUCCGCCCGUCCCGAGUCGAGCUGUCGGCCGUCGCGGCUACAUCUCGCUCUUCCCUCUCGCCCGCCCUCUGCUCGCUGUGGCUCCCCACUGCGCGUCGCUCGCCUCGCGGUGGCGGCCGAGCAGCAGCGAGGGGAGAGCGGCGGUGGCGGCAGCAGGGGCCAACGCGGGGCGGGCGCGAGGGAGGACGACACGAGGGAUGGUGGGCUGGAGGACAAGGGUCCGACUGGGUGCGACGGGCGCAGCAGGCGGCGGGAAGAGCAGGGCGCGGAAGAGGCGAAGGGCCGAGUGGGGCCGCGGGUGGCGGGCGCGGUGGAGUCGCUACUGAGAUUCAUCACGCCGCGGCAGAAGGGCGACAUCCGCGACGUCACGCUCGUCUCCCUCUCCUUCGCCGUCCUCGUCUACAUCUCGCAGCGCCUCGUCUGCGCCUACUUCGCGCUCCUCGCCGCCACCCAGUACUGGUAGUAGCGCCGCCGCUGCCGCCGCACAGGACGAGAGUGCCUGCGCUGCAGAGAGGGGUUGACUCCAGCUGCGCGGGCUGAAGCGGCCUGGCAGCAGGUCAGAGUGGUGCAGCAGCAGACCAACGCGUGUUGUGAUGCCUGACUUGAUCUGCUGGCCUUCGCUUCAUGCAUCUUGUUUGUGUGUCCUUUAACAAGAGCUCCUAUGGUUUUCCUCUCACCUCCCUUUUAUUCAGGGAGAAUACAUCGGCGCUCAGUAUUAGGGGCCUCGAUAACAUGUACGGUCAGUGACACCAUAUAAACAAUCAGAAUUAGU